CCAAGUCUUGUGCAUGAGAAUUAAAUGUCAUCAUGAAUACUUAUAUCUUUUUCAUUGUGAUGAGUUUGUCGGGCUUUAUUCAGUGUCGCAAACAACCGUUGGUACAUGGUGGGUUCAAGGUCACAAUUGAAGAAUACCCUCAUGUAAUGGCCUUGCAUGUUAUGUGCAAUGAAUUAUCAACGCAUAAGAAAAAAAUGUACAUAUGUGGAGCAUCAAUCCUCACUACAAAGUUAGCACUGACUGCCGCACACUGUAUCAAUCUCUGCAAUUUUACUAGUAGUAUUUAUUCAGUGACCGCAGGUUCUAAUACAUUGAGAGAAGGAUUCAAAUCUACUAUAAAGGGAUUGUAUAUUCAUAAAAAAUAUGGCAAACGGGACAUGGGUUACGACAUUAGUUUGCUGCGACUCAAAACUGAAAUGAAAUUUAGUGAUAAAAUGAAGCCAGUAAUCAUAACAGCUUAUCCGCCAUAUAACGAGACAGCGUUGCUAGCGGCUUGGGGAAGUAUACAGUUGAAACAUGAAACGGAGAGACCUAAAUAUCUAUUCGCUAUCUAUCAAGAUGUGUUGUCUGAAUUUAAAUGCAAUAAAUUUAUGGGUGGAAGAUUAACUCCAAGGUACUUUUGUGGGGAUAGCAAUUUUGAGGAGACCUAUGUAACAAAAGGUGACUCCGGAAGCGCUCUUGUAGUGCGGGACAACAUUCAAAUCGGGAUUUGCUCCUUUGGCAUACCGAGUGUCCGCAAAUCUAUGGAAGUUUACACUAAGGUCACCUAUUUCAAAAAAUGGAUCAAAAAACACGCCAGAAUGCUUUCCCGCCUCUAGAUUUCUAUAAGACUAUGUUUUGCUUUCCGCCCGCGUUACCACAAUAAAAAUU